AUGCGCACGCAUCAGAGGGUGCAUUAUGCAAAUGUGACGCCCGAAGACAAGCAGGCAAAGAGAGAUCGCGAAAAAGCAUUGAAAGAUUUGCGCCGUAACACUCGCCAAGAUUCUAUUGCCAUACAGAACCCAAUGUAUGUCCCUGAGGUUGUGCCACUCACUGUGGAUGCAUCCGGUCCACAUGGAUCCACAGUCACACGUGAUUGGUCGAUUCUUGCGGUCACAGGUGAUGAUGAUGGCGUCAUAUUCGAGGAGGACUCCGAAGAUGAGGAGGGCUACAUGUUCGGUGGUCAAGACGGGGAUAUCAACGAGGAUGUCAAAUUCGAUCAAGCUAACGACGACUCUGCCUCUAUCUCUAGCGUACCUGAUAAGUAUGACCACGUGUACAGCAAUAUACCCCCAGCCACGCACAUACUAAAGCCUAUUGAAAACUGCCAAUAUUGCAAUGCAAAGAAGUUUGAGCAUGAGACAAAGGGGUUCUGCUGCCUUAAUGGAAAAAUUAAAGUAUCCACCACAGAUACACCACCCGAGCUCAUGAGGCUUUGGUCGAGUGCAGAUGCUGACGCUAGGCACUUUCGUGACAACAUUAGGUUUUUCAAUGGUCAUUUCUCAUUCACCUCACUUUACUGUCAUCUUGAUAGUGAGACAACUGAUAUGAGAAAACAUGGUAUCUACACGUUUCAUGCCCACGGCCAAAUGUACCAUAACAUACGAUCGUUCGGUAGAGAUGGUUCGGAACCCAAGCACCUGGAGCUUUACUUCUACGAUGAUGAUCCCAGUCUAGAGCUUCGGUAUCGCCACUGCCGCGAAGAGCAGUACCAGCAAGACAAUGAUGUCAUCAGAAAGCUGGUUGGCAUACUGCGUGGCAACUCGUACUCUGAACAACUCCGGAGUAUGGGACAGGUUGAGGGGAGCGAGCGCCAAAGGCAGUUUGAGAAUAGCGUUAUCCUGCAAGGGAAGAACAGGGAAGUAUAUGGCAUUAGGUCGUAUCAUGGAUGCUACGAUGCACUGUCAUACCUUCUCUUCUUCCCUAGAGGCGAACUCGGCUGGCAUACCGACAUCCCAAAGGUUGGUGUGUCCAUCGAUGAGGUGAACGUGGCUCGUAAAGCUCGUGGUAAUAAUGAUGAAGACCCAGAUUCUGGUGGCAGGCUAUGCGUGUCCGUGCGUGAUUACUACUGCUACAAAUUCCAGAUUCGGCCAGGGAUAUUCAACUCAAUGUUGUUUGGCAAGCGUCUUUUUCAGCAAUUCACGGUCGACACAUACAUCAAGAUCGAGAGUUCACGACUGGACUACAUAUGGGCUCAUCAGAGGGAGUUAAGGGCGGACCUGUACCAAGGCUUGGUAGACAACUUGCAUGCCGGUGAGAGAAGAGCAGACGCUAUUGGAAAAUGGACUGUGCUGGCUACGUCAUUUAUUGGAGGACCUCGAGACAAGAGGCUUCGGUACAUGGAUGCUAUGGCUUUAGUGCGGAAGUACAGGAAGCCGGACGUCUUCCUCACAAUGACAUGCAACCCAAACUGGGAUGAGAUCACGCGUGAACUCUAUCCUGGCCAGAUACCCCAGGAUCGUCCGAAUCUCAUUCUUGAAAAGGACAUUCUUGGCAAGGUGAAGGCAUAUGUCUAUGUGGUGGAGUUCCAGAAGAGGGGCCUACCGCACGCCCACUUCCUACUCAUCAUGCUGGGGCGGUACAAGCUCACGUGUCCCGAGCAGUAUGAUUGUCUCAUCUCGGUUGAGCUCCCGGAGAAGCAUAAGUAUCCAGAGCUGUACAAGAUGGUCGUAAAGCAUAUGAUGCAUGGCCGUUGCAGUGUGCUAAACCGCGAUUGCCCAUGCACCAAGAACCGUCCAUCAUGCAAGAAUCAUUAUCCGCGUCCUUUCAACGCGACUACCUUACAAGGCAAGGACUCCUACCCGGUGUAUCGGAGACGUGAAGAUGGCCGCUGUGCAAUGGUUCGAAAACACCUGCUGGACAACAGGUGGGUCAUCCCUUACAACCCUUACCUUCUGUGGCUAUUCAACUGCCACAUUAAUGUUAAGGCGUGCUCGAGCAUAAAGGCCGUUAAAUACUUAUUCAAGUACAUAUUCGAGGGCCACGACCGGGCCUCUAUGACUGUGACCGAGGCUGACAAGGCAGACAUCAACGGCAACAUCGAUGAGAUCAGGCAGUAUAGAGAUGCGAGGUGGGUGACCCCUCCGGAAGCCUUGUGGAGGAUAUACGGUUUUGAAUUGAGCAAGAACUCGCCACCUGUGAUGCAGCUGCAACUUCAUCCCCCAAACAUGCACAUCGUUUCAUUUCAAGAGGGCCAAGAUAUCCGGCAAGUGGUAAAUCGUGAAUGUGCUGAGAAGUCAAUGCUGACAGAGUACUUCGAGGCGAACAGAUUACAUGAGCAUGCUCGGGAAAGGCAAGAAAAAAAUUCUGGCAAAGAAGGGUUCGAGAAACUGGUGGACAGGUUGGUAGAAUCGUGUCAGCUCAUCCGGCGGAGGAUGGUUGAUGGUGAGAUCCUACCGACCUUUCGUGAAGCUGCAGAGAGAAGGGGCCUGAUCGAAGCAGACAACACACUAGACGAGUGCCUUACGGAAGCCGAGUUGUUCCAGAUGCCACCAUCACUCCGAAGGCUCUUUGCAACAACACUGGUAUUCAGUGAGCCCAACGACGUGCGAGGACUCUAG